UUGUUGUUUACUUAUACAUGUUCUUAUAGUUACUUAUCUCUUACUCUUCCCUCUCUCCUUCAUCGAUGAAUCGAUUCGAUUCGGUCAUACCUACAAUCGAGCUUCGAAAAGGGUUUGGGUGAUUCUUGCUUUCUGCGAGCUUCUGUUCUCUGUACACUUUUACAUGUAAAAAGUGCUAUUUUGUUCAAUUUUGAAAUAAUGAUGAGCUUGUCCACAAAAGUUAUCUCAACCAAUGACACAAAGUUGAAUGCCACGUGUAAGACAACUACUCUGAAUCCUAAUGCAGCGGAGUUCGUCCCUUUUGCCCUUAGAUCUUCAUCUGGAAAUCUCGGCUCUGCAGAGGUGACAAGGAGGCUAGAUGCCUCAGGAACUUCUGGAAAAUCAGUGUUGGAUCGAUCAGAGUCCACUGUUUCUAAUAACUCUGAUGAGGAGGCCCACCAGUACUGGCGCUGCCAGCUCCCUGAUGAUAUUACUCCAGACUUCAAGUUCAUGGGAGAAGAUGAGUCGCAAGGACCUGAAAGCCUCACUAUGUCAAGUUUGUCCGUUAACGAUGGGAGUGAUACCUCAAGGUUCUCUCUAUCUACAGGCAGUGGACAAAUAUUAAACAAGCGACAAGAAGUAUCUCCUCAUGGUAGUGAUAAUGACACCAUGAUUGAAAAGAUGAGAUAUUCCAUUCCGACAUAUGGAGAAGAUCAAUCUUCAGCAGCUUUUCUGAAUUUGCCAACAGGAUUCAUGAAUGGUGAUCAGCACCUUGGCGGUAAAGGAAGGGAUGGGUUCACUUACAAUGGAAACCCCGGCUCUGGGUUCGUAAAUGAUACUUUGAAUGAGCAUGGGGUUUUGGAGGAUAAUGACAUCAAUCCUGGGGAAUUUUUGGCUUCUCAAUUCCCUGGUUUUGCUGCUGAAAGCCUUGCAGAGGUCUAUUAUGCCAAUGGCUGUGACUUGAACUUGACAAUUGAGAUGCUGACUCAACUUGAGCUUCAAGUUGAUGGUGCUUUUAAUCAGAACCUGAACUCAAAAACCAUGCCUGCUCCAAGCCUGAGUGCAAUGGAUUUUCCUGCACUUACUGCUCCUGAUGGUCAAAAUGGGUUGUCAAAAUAUGCGGGUGAUGAUAUCCAGCAAACUCCCAAUCCAUACCAGUCUUCUGACAGGGACACUAUUCUUUUCUUCAAGUCCAGCUCUUCAACUCCAUCUAGAGGUGCUAUUGAUUUUGCUUCAGCUGUUAGGAAACUGGCAUCUCAGGAUUCUGGUCAAUGGAAGUAUGAGAGAAAUGGUUCUUCAGAUACCUCUGUUGGAUCAACUAGAAGUUCCCAUAACUUAGGUAGCUCUUAUAGUGGCGGUCAUGGGAGGACCAUCCAUGGUGACCGAUUGCAAAAUCAUGGUUCAGCUCGAGGAGCUUCUUGGCUUGAGACUGGAGCUGUAGUUGGAAAUAUGUACUCGGAGCUUAGGGGAGAAGCUCGUGAUCAUGCACGCCUUCGUAAUGCAUACUUUGAGCAGGCACGACAGGCAUAUCUCAUUGGCAACAAGGCUCUAGCAAAAGAAUUAAGUGUGAAAGGACAGCUGCACAACAUGCAUAUGAAGGCAGCUCAUGGAAAAGCUCAAGAAUCCAUUUAUCGACAAAGGAAUCCAGUUGCCCCGGAGCUCCAGGGCUGUAUCAGAGGACAAGAGCAGAUGAUCGACUUACAUGGGUUACAUGUGAACGAGGCCAUUCAUGUACUGAAGAACGAGUUGAGCAUGUUGAGGAGUUUGGCCAGGUCCUCGGGGCAACGGCUGCAGGUUUAUAUCUGUGUUGGUACAGGCCACCACACCAAGGGUUCUCGCACUCCAGCAAGGCUGCCUAUUGCUGUGGAGCGUUAUCUGCUUGAAGAAGAGGGGCUGGAGUACACUGAGCCUCAGCCGGGGCUUCUGCGAGUUGUGAUAUAUUGAUUCAGAGAUAUGAGAUUGUAAGUUUAUAGGAUUUUUUUUGACACAAUCAAAAUCCUUGACCCAUUGUCAUAAUUCAUAAUCUUACAUUUUGUA